AUGGCGACUGUCCCCUUGACCUCCAUGCCUCUAAUGCUUUCCAGCGUUAGAUUGGAGAUGCAUAUUUUUUUUAUUAUGUUCCACUUCGAGCGAAUGUUUCUUGUAGCUAGACAUGCCUCGUCGUCGACUGAUCCGGUGCGUCCUGGGAGCGACAACUUUGAUAUAGCUAAUGGACAUGGUCAUGUCCUUAUCAAGUCUACAUCUGAUCUUCAGAAAGCUGUAUCUUCUUGUUUCGGGAAAGCAUUGGUGACCAGCAGUGCUGUCAUGCUUGUGAUGCCGCCCAGUUGCUUGGCAGAAGAAUGCGACCCGGGGUACUCUCUUCCUAACAUGCCGCUGUUGUUUGCGAUAGCCAUGGUCGGUGCUACUGUUGGAGAGAAAAUGACAUAUGCAGUAGUUACUACUUCAUACUGCUUAGUUACCCUUGGUUAUUCUAUUGAACAAUUCAGAAACCCUGUAGGGCUCCUUGCGAGACAAAGGAAAGGGGAACUUAAAAAGCUUAACGAUCAGCUACGACAGAUAAAUGCUUCACUGAGAAGACAAGCCAAGAUAGAAUCCUAUGCUCCUGCUUUGAGCUAUGCACCGGCUGCUAGUAAGAUACCAGAAUCAGAAGUCAUUGUUGAUCCUCACAAACAGCGCCUGCUCACAUAUCUGAGGACUGGGAAGAACUACCUGAGAAACCAAGCUCCAGACAAGGCAUUUUCCGAGUUUAAGGCAGCUCUUGAUCUUGCACAAUCUUUGGGUGAUCAUGUUGAAGAGAAGAAGGCGGCACGAGGAUUAGGAGCAUCAUUGCAAAGACAAGGAAAUUACAAGGAAGCAAUAAAGUACCACUCCAUGGUUCUCAGCAUCUCCAAGAUGACUGGAGAGGAUUCUGGUGUCACUGAGGCAUAUGGGGCAAUAGCCGAUUGCUACACCGAAGUUGGUGAGCUCGAGAAGGCAGGCAAGUUCUACGAUGAGUACAUUGCAAGAUUGGAGAAUGACUGA